GGGGUGGGACUUGCGGCGGAAGUUGUCUCUUUACUGCCUGCAGAAAGUGGAAGAGGAUGUCUCCUUUGUGGUGGCAGCUGGGCCUCGUCCUCUGCAGCCUCCUGGCGGGGCCGGCGGUGGCUCCGAAGCCCACGGAGCCGUCGGAGGGGAGCCGGCCGUAUGCCGUGCUGCGCGGGCAGAACCUCGUGCUGCUGGGAACCAUUUUCAGCGUCCUGCUGGUGACCACCAUCCUCCUGGCGUUCUGUGUCUACAAGCCCAUCCGGCGUCGGUGACUGCCCAGCACGCCAGCAUGGCCACAAGCACUCGGGGACAGGAUAAGUUGUGUUGCGCGUGGGCCAGUGCAGAAGUUGGAAUCAGAACUUGGAAAUGACCUUUGGUGUGGACAGUUGGUAAAUGUGACACGAUUUAGGGACACCUCACCUAGCGAUUAUUUUCUUUCUGACACUGCGAUGUGGCUCAUGGGUCACUGGGACCGCUUCUCGGUGUUUGAUUUGAUAUCUGGCUGUACCUCUAAGCCCUGAAGCUCCAGGGUUCCGUGGGGAGGUGGGUGCUCAGGAGGAAGAGAACAAGGUAGCCCCUGGGUAUCUGCAAGCAACGCCCCCGAGAGGACUAAUCACUGGUGCUUGAAACGGUAAUAAGAGGGAGACUGGACAGGUAGCCAUGCCCUGCUUAAGAGCCCUUCGGCUGCAAAUCCUUUUCCUUAACGCUGAGCGAACCUAGAAUGCCUGUUAACAAAGCAGCGUCAGCCGUGGGAACUUGGGCCUGCACUCCUCCCACACCUGCCUGUGUGUCUGCGGGUCUCACUGCAGCCAGGGCCUCGUCAGGCAGGCCUGCUUCCGGGUGGCCCCUGGCCUGGAAGGUUCUGAGGCUGGACCGGGGGUGUUACUAGUGGGCCCUUCUGGAAAAAAUAAAAUACAGCUCCAUCCUGCUGAGACACAGGAUUGCACUUAAGUCUGCAGCCCACGGCUUCAAACUUGAGGGAGGUUUUUUUUUUUUUUUUUUGCAGCCCAGCUGACAGAAGUGCAUGACCCCUGUGCAGGCUGCUGUGUUUACUCAGCUUUGAAAUGCUGCUAUUAGUUUGCACUGUUGGUUAACUGGAUUUUUUUCCCCCUUACUGAAAUGUUUUCAUGCUUGUAAAGUGGUUAUCGGUAUUUAUUUAAGGGUGCUAGAGUUAAUUUCCUUUGUUACUAGAGCGAGAUGCUUGUCUUGUGCUCCAUUUAAGCACAGCACUGAUUUUUUUUAACAGCCCGCAUUUAAUGUGAAAUAACUGGUGUGGAAUACUGUAACUGUUCAACUUCAGGAUUUUGUUUGUAACCUAAUAACAGUGAGCCACUGUAACGUUCUGUACUGUGCUUGUGAGCAAAUUGUCAAUAAGAAUUAAAGUGAAACCCUA